AUGAACGACUUUGAAUUAUCGAGUAGGAAUAUGCUAUUUAGUGAUACAAUAAAUUCAAAAGAAAAUCUUAAGGAAUUAAAUAAAAAUAUAAAAAGAGAUAAUAUAUAUAUGGAGACGAAAAAAAAGGAAAACAAUAAUGGAAUUGAAAAAAAAGAGGAAUAUGAAAAAAAAUAUAAAAUAUCGAGCGAUAAUGAAGAAAACUUUUAUAACUAUCAAAGUUUUACAUUAGAUCAUGAAAAUAGUACAACAUAUGAAAACUUGUCUGUUAAAGAAUUUAGUGAUGAAGAGGUUAGUUCGGAAAAUGAAUACAACCAAAAAAUUAAAAUAAAUAAAAAUAAUUCUAUAAAAUAUAAUAAAGAUAUAGUUAAUUAUGAUAAAAAUGAUUAUGAUCAAAAACCACAAAAAAACAUAGCUCAAAAUUCUAUUUUUAAAUAUGAGCAAACUAAUGAAGAAAUUCAAAAUAAUUAUUCUGUUCAACGUGUAUCUAGAACAACACACAAUGUUGAUGAAUGGAUAAAUAAGUUAUUAAAAUGUCAAUUACUAACAGUUGAAGAAGUUAAAUUAAUGUGCAAUCUUUUGAUUGAUAUAUUAAAAAAUGAGCCUAACUGUGUGCAGGUUCCAGUACCAGUCACAGUUGCCGGUGACAUCCAUGGCCAAUUUUACGACCUCCUCGAGUUGUUUCACAUAGGAGGUCUCCCCCCCGAUGUGAGCUACCUUUUUUUAGGUGACUAUGUAGACAGAGGAUACUACUCCUGUGAAUGUUUUUGUUUAGUGGCUUGUUUCAAAAUUAAGCACCCAACUAAAGUUACAAUAUUAAGGGGUAAUCAUGAAAGUAGGCAAAUAACAAAAGUAUAUGGAUUUUAUGAUGAAUGCAUAAGAAAAUAUAAUAAUGAUUCAAGUGUUUGGAAAUAUUUAACAGAUGCAUUUGAUUAUUUACCAUUAACCGCCAUAAUAAAUAAUCAGAUUUUUUGCGAUCAUGGUGGUAUAUCACCAUAUUUACAAACAAUAGAAGAUAUAAAUAAACUAGAUAGAUAUAAAGAAAUACCACAAGAUGGUGCUAUCUGUGAUUUAUUAUGGAGUGAUCCUGCUUCUUCUGAGGAUGAAGUAAUUGAUGGAUGGAAACCCUCUCCUAGAGGUGCAGGUGUUUUAUUUAAUGAAAAAAAAACGAAUACAUUUUUACAUAUGAAUAAUCUUAGUUGUAUAUGUCGAGCUCAUCAAUUAGUUCAAGAAGGUUUUCAAUGGAUGCAUAAUGAUAAGGUUGUUACUAUUUUUAGUGCACCCAAUUAUUGCUAUCGAUGCGGAAAUUCAGCAUCCCUUAUGUUGGUUGAUGAAUUUAUGGAAAAAGACUUUGUUACAUUUAAUACAGCCCCUUUAAGGGCAAAUCCGCAUACGCUAAGAAAUAAUGUCGACUAUAUGUUAUGA